AUGCCUGAGAAGAAAAAUGUUGAGAAGCAGCAGCUGGUGGAGGAACUGCACGCUCCGGCGAGAAAAAGUUUUUCUCAAAGACGUGUCAUAGUUUAUGGAUACGAUGACCUGUGGCAGGCAAAUGUGGUCGAGAUGCGACCUUACACGCGGUUCAACAAAGGUUACUACUACUUCAUUAUGUACUACUACAUUCUCACCCUUAUUGAUGUGUUCAGCAAGUAUGCAUGGGCCGUACCGCUCAAAACCAAGAGUGGAAGUGAGAUGGCUGAAGCAAUCGCAAAGAUAAUCCGAGACAACGGAAGAUGUCCGAAAAAUUUGCAAACUGAGAUGGGAAAAGAAUUUUACAACGUAAACGUGCAAAAACUCUUACAAAAACAUGAUAUCAAUAAUUACUCUACGUAUUCCAUAAUGAAGGCGUCGGUGGUCGAACGAUUUAACCGUAUAUUGAAGAACCAUAUAUGA